ACGCCCAGUGUGACAUCCCUGGAGAUUAGGAACCUGAGCCCACAGCACAGUGGGCGGUACAUGGCACAGGGUUGGUUAAUGACAGGAGAAGACCUUCACCAAGUUUUCGACCUCAAGGUCUAUGAGCCAGUGUCCCCUCCACAGAUCCUGGCCAAGUCGCUGUCCGUCACAGCAGAAUGGUGCAAUGUCGCCCUGGAGUGCAGACCCACAGGGGCCACAGAGGACCUGAAUGUGACCUGGGAGAGCAAGGGCCUCCCCAGGGAGCUGGAGCAGAGAGGGACACCAGGACCGGCCCCCAUCCCCUGGACCCGGGCUGUGAGCUUGCCCCUGAGCCAGGCCAAUGGCAGCCUCAGCUGUGUGGUCAGCAACCCCGAGGACCAGAACAGAGCCACCUCAGACCUCGGUGACAUCUGUCCACGAGGUGGAUCUGGACAGUCCACCGCUGGCCUCACGGGAGGCUUACUAGGGGGCUUCGUGGCUGUAAUUUUGCUCCUUGGAGCUGGACUGUAUCUUUGGAAGCUUCAUGAGAAGAGGAAGAAGAUGGUGCUGGAACAAUGCAGUGACUCCGGUGCAGGAUUGCAGCAGGACCAACGGGUCUGCACUGAUGACGUAUUGUAUGCGGGUAUUAUGACACAGAACCCUCAUGAAGAAAGUGACAAGGUGAGAGGUGGGAGUGGUGGCCAGCCUGGCUACUCACAGGUCGCCCACUGCCCAGCCCCGGGCUUCCACCACUCAGGCCCCUGCUGUUUCUGUCCCCACUGUUCCUACCUUUCCGUUAUAUCAGCAGCAGGAACUAAGCACAUUUCUAAUUGACUAGUGUAGUGCUGGGUGCUUUGGGAGAAUUCGUAAACAGUCAUGUGAAUGGACACUGAUGGUAAGCAGGUCCCUCUGGGGCCACCGUACCCACUCCCAGCUUCCCCAGAGCCCUCUGUCUUGUGUUCCCAGCAUAUUGGUGAACAACAUCCAGAAGCAAGGGGGCCACUCACUAGUGUCUACAGUAAGCUUGUUCUCCCAGGCCAGCCCACGAAGAUGAUUUAAUUGGGGGAAACAGGAGAACCAAACACUCCUCGGACACCCUGCCCUCUGAGCCUGACACCUGUGGUCGCCUACUUCCUCUGGGAUUGGUUCAGCUCCAGGUGCCCUUGGUCUUAUUAGCCUGACCUGGUGGCCAUUCCUCCCUGAGCACAGCUGCUCCUGUGACUUCUCCAACAGCUCCCCACUG